AUGGAGAUGCACGCCCUACAAACUGGACGCAAGCCUCGCGUUGUGACUGCCAUGACCAUGUUGAAGCAGAUGCUUUUUAGAUAUCAAGGGCAAGUUGGAGCCGCACUGGUCUUGGGCGGCGUUGAUGCCACCGGUGCUCACCUCUUUACAAUCCAUCCUCAUGGCUCAACGGACAAGCUUCCAUAUGUUACUAUGGGUUCUGGAAGUUUGGCUGCGAUGGCUGUUUUUGAAAGCGGCUGGAAGCCAAAUAUGGAGCGAGAAGAUGCUCUCAACCUUGUCAAACUUGCCAUCGCUGCAGGAAUUUUCAAUGAUCUUGGAUCAGGUUCCAACAUCGACGCUUGCAUCAUAACCGCCAACAACACUGAGAUGCUUCGAAACGUAGAAAUGCCCAACGUCCGGGUACAGAAGGAGCGCGAUUACAAGUUCAGAAGAGGUACAACGGCGUGGAAGAAAGAGGAUGUGAGGAAGUUGAUUGUCGAGGAGCAGACCCUUUUAAUCGGCGGCGAUGAGAUGGAUACCUCAUAA